AUGUCUGCAGACUUCUGGGCUGGCUAUAUCAGCGGAGCUGUUGGUAUCUUAAUCGGAAACCCCCUGGACCUUAUUAAGGUGCGGCUGCAAGCGCGCGAUGGCAUACCUACUCAAACGGUCACAUCAUAUGCACGGCAGUUCGAAAGCAAGUCUGCUCUACUAGCCGGAACUGCUGCACCUGUACUCGGCUAUGGCGCUCUAAACGCUCUCCUCUUCGUCUCGUAUAACCGCAGCGAAGCCGCUAUCAAUACUGCCCUGAACUGCCAGUCAAACCUCUGGACUACGUGGUUUGCUGGUGCUGUUGGUGGCCUAGCAACUUGGGCUGUAAGCACCCCAACUGAGCUGAUCAAGUGCCGUGCUCAGUUGUCAUCGCCUCCAGCGUCGAGCUGGAGCAUUGCAAAACAGGUAUUCAAGACCGAGGGUAUUAAGGGGUUAUAUUUUGGCGGUGUUGUCACAGCGCUGAGAGAUAGUAUUGGAUAUGGAUUCUAUUUCUGGUCCUACGAACUGAGUAGUAAGUGGGUUGAGUCCAACCGACGGGGCGCCCCCGACUUCUCACAAGAUGCAGCAAAGGUCUUGCUUUGUGGCGGUCUGGCUGGCAUUGUCACCUGGGUUAGCAUCUUUCCUCUUGAUGUCAUUAAGACCAGAGUUCAGGCACAAACUUCUGAUGCUGCAAAAAUGCCACUGCUUAACUCCCCUCCGUCAACCCAGAAGCGCCUAGGAGCAAUUGAGGUUGCCAAAGCCGCAUAUAAAGAAGAAGGCAUGCGAGUGUUCUUUAGAGGGUUAACUGUAUGUAGUGUUAGGGCCUUCAUUGUUAACGCGGUCCAAUGGGCCGUUUACGAAUGGAUCAUGCUCGAACUUGGUCAGGGAAGGCAUAAAAAACUAGAGCCCAUCUAG